AUGCAAUUUUGGAAAUUAUCAACAAAAGUCUUAGCUACUUUAUUAGCUGUUGUUUCAGUUCAAGCAAGUGGACCAAGUGAUGGUGAUGCAAUUGCUGAUCCAAACUCAGCUGUUGUUAAAUUAACUUCAGAUAAUUUUGCUUCAUUUUUAGAAGAAAACCCAUUAGUUUUAACUGAAUUUUUUGCACCAUGGUGUGGUUAUUGUAAAAUGUUAGGACCAGAAUAUUCAAAAGCUGCUGAUAUUUUAAAAGAUAGUCCACAUAAUGAUAAAAUUAAAUUAGCACAAAUUGAUUGUACUGAAGAAGAAGCUUUAUGUAUGGAACAUGAAAUUAAAGGUUAUCCUUCUUUAAAAGUUAUUAGAGAUGGUAAUAAUAAAAAUGCUGAAGAUUAUCAAGGUCCAAGAGAAGCUCAAGGUAUUGCUGAUUAUAUGAUUAAACAAAGUUUACCAGCUGUUCAAUUACCAACUUCAUUAGAAGAAUUUGAAACAUUAAUUAAAGAACAAACGCAACCUUUUAUUAUUUCAAUUGGUGAUGAAAUUAAUGAAAUCUUUGAUAAAGUAGCUGGUCAAAAGAGAAAAGAUUAUAGUUUUUAUAAACUUGGUAAAGAUUUAACUAAACAAGUUGGUAAAUUAUUUCCAUCAAUUGAUUUGAAAAAAGCUGGUUAUUUAGUUGUUCAUCCAAAUCAAUUAGCAGAUGCAAUUAAAUUAGAUUCUGAUAAGUCUAUUGAUGUUGAUAAAUUAUUGGAAUUUAUUAAUGUUGAAACAGUUCCAUAUUUCGGUGAUAUUGAUAGAAAUACCUAUAUGAAAUAUAUGACAUCACCAUUACCAAUUGCAUACUAUUUUUAUAAAACACCAGAGCAAAAAGAAGCCAUUUCAAAAGAUUUAAUUAAAUUGGGUAAAAAAUAUAGAGGUAAAUUAAAUAUUGCUGGUUUAGAUGCAAAUUUAUAUGGUAGACAUGCAGAAACAGUUAAUAUGGAUCCAGAAAUUUUACCAUUUUUUUCUAUUCAUCAUAUUAAUGAUAAUAAAAAAUAUGGUAUCAAUCAAACUGAAUAUCCAGAAGGUCCAAGUGCUGAAGUUAUUGAAAAAUUUGUUGAUGAUUAUUUUAAUGAUAAAUUAAAACCAAUUAUUAAAUCAGAACCAUUACCAACUGAAGAAGAAAUUAAAUCACAACAAGUUACUAAAUUAGUUGCUCAUAAUUAUAAUGAAAUUUUGAAUGAUUCUUCAAAAGAUAUAUUUGUUAAAUAUUAUGCUCCAUGGUGUGGCCAUUGUAAAAAAUUAGCACCAACUUGGGAAGAAUUGGCAGAAAUUUAUAAUGAUUCAAAUGUUGUUAUUGCAGAUGUUGAUCAUACAAAUAAUGAUGUUGAUGUUCCAUAUGAAAUUCAAGGAUAUCCAACUUUAUUAUUAUUCCCAGCAAAUGGUGAAGUUGAUGAAAAAACAGGUAUUAGAAAACCAAUUGUUUUUGAAGGUCAAAGAGAACUAGGUUCUUUUGUUGAUUUUAUUAAAGACAAAGGUUCAUUAAAAGUUGAUGGUGUUGUUUUACAGAAAAGAUUACAAGAAGAAAAAGAAAAGAAAGAAGUAAAAGAAGAAACUGAAGAAAAAGAAGAAACUGAAGAAAAAGAAGAAGUUGCUGACCAUGAUGAAUUAUAG